AGACACGAACCAUCACAAUAAAGCUGCUCUUCAUUCCUGCACGGAUGACUGAAAUGACUCUGUAAAGAGAGACUCGACACCUUUUAAGGGCACGACCAGGCUAUUCGAUACAAGAUAAAUUUAGUCCGAAGAACGAAUCAGACAGCUGAAUAUAGUAACGUUACAGUCAGUGAUGAGUGCUGAAUCAGUCAGCUGCACAGUGAAGUCUCCUGUGGCUUUGCAGAUUGGAGAUGCAGUAUCUGAUUCCUCUCGUCCCGGUGUCUAUAUUACAGACAUCACCCUCGCCGAGCCUGUGAACAUUCAGGAAAUUUCCUUCAAGAACUUCUACACGGCUUAUCUAACAGUGCGUUUGCAGAGGAGGCAUGGCUCGACUGCAUCUAAGUGGGUCACGUGUCUGAAAAACUACUGCCUUAUGGGUAACCCACACGCCGAGGCUGGGUCACAUGACUAUUUCUCCAUCUAUAGACAACAGAUGUCGACGGAGCCUGAUAAUGUGACGACAGUGAGACUCAUCUUGCGACAGCCUUCCUCUGAAUGGCUCAGCUUCAGCAUCGAGGAGAUCAACAUUUAUCCCUGCACAAAAGAAGACUCAGAACGAGAUGUUCCUGCCUGGUUGUCCACUCUUACGCCUGUAGAUGAACCUCUUGAUCUUAAAGGUCUUCCUGAUCCAGAAACAGUUUCCUCCAGCAUUCAGCAGAUGUGGGCUCUCACUGAGAUCAUGCAGGCCAGCCAAACCGCAGCUUCAAUCGGACGCUUCGACGUGGAAGGAGCUUAUGAUGUGAAAUUACUGUCAUACACGUAAUGGGUCUGCUGAACCGAACUUUGACCUCAAGUUGAUUAAGAAAUUAAAUGGAUUGUUCAUUCAGUAUUUAAAAUUGAAGUUAAAGGUGCCUGAGAUUUUGAGUGGGAAGCUGGAAAUGAUAGGUAAUAGUUUUAAGUAAGGAAUAAUUGUCGACGGGCCAUUGCAUUAUUCAAAAUUUUUAUAACAGAAGUGAAUGGUGCCCGAGAUUUUGAAGCUCCAAAAAGUACAUCAAUCUAUAAUAAUAGUAAUUCAUACAACUCCAUUGAGUUCAUGUAGGAAGUUAGAAAUUGAUAUUAGUUUUAAUUAAAUAAUUAAACAAUGGCAAUAGAAUUAUUUGAAAAGUUUAUAAAGGAAGUGAAUGGGGCCUGAGAUUUUGAAGCUCCAAAAAGCACAUUCGUCUAUAAUAAAAGUUAUUCAUAC